AUGGCCACCCCCAUGCCCUCCCCCUCCCCCCUCCCUCCUCCUAUCGAUAUUUCCUCCAUUGAUAAACUCCAGCUUGCAGCCGACAAAUCUGCCAUUAACUGGCACUCGUUCGUCGGCAGCAUCCGCCGAGUCCUCAACGAUGCAUGGAUCCCCUCCUACCGUGUCCUUGACGUCAUCCUCCGCCGCCCCCAUGCCCUCCCUCCCACCGAACCUGACCACCCCGGCGAGACCCCUCCUCUCCCUCCUCCUCCUGGCGACCCCCCCCUUGAGCCCGAGCUCCAGAUCGCCGCCGACCAGGCCACCGCAGAUGCUGAUUUCAUUAUGCGUCGCCGUGCUUACCCGAUCCUCAAAGCCGAAUACGAUGCAGCAGCAGAUGCCUACGCUCAGGCGGUCGCUAGCCGCACUGCUCACCUCGCCGUCGUUGCCAAAUACACCGACGAUAUGACCACCUUCACCUCCAACUUCAUCGCCUGGUCAGCCGCUGACAACCGAGCAUGCACUGUCAUCCUCGAACUCCAUGCUAUGUUCGAACGCCGCGACAUCAGCUUGGUGGGAAUCCUCUUCCAGGAAUACUUUUCUAUUACCCUCUCUACCUGUGACGGAGCAGUAGACUAUGUCGGCCGCAUGCGCGAGGUAGCCGAUCGCCUCGAAGCCCGCCGAGCCGGCCUCUCCGAGCCCCUCCAAAUCCAUCGCCUCCUCUUCAACCUCACCCCUGACUAUGAAUCCCGCCUUCACGCCUUCACCGAAGCCAAUCCCAUGGCCGAUCUUGCUUCCGUUGAACAGUGGAUCAUUGAUACCGAAGUCAAGCUUCGCACCCCCAUGGUCAACCUCACCUCCUCCCACCCUUCCUCCUCCUCUCUCAACGCUACUCAGCCCCGCAAGCAGGGCAAAAGCAACGGCAAAGGGGGAACUGGGGGCAAGGGAGGCAGCGGCCAGGGAAGCAGCAAAACAAGCAGCCGUGGUGGCUCCACUGGGGAUGAGCACGGCACCCCCAUUCAGAGCGGUCCCUCUGGGAACCGCGGGCCGCGCCCUGGAACUCUCCCUCCCUGCACCUAUGUCCACCGCUACGGUCCCCGGGUAGGGACACCCUACGGUCAAACCACCCAUCCCCCUAACACCUGCUUCAAGGCUCUCGAUGAUGCCUGGUACGCACGGGGCAAUGUCGGCACACCUCCCCGCUGGGGUACCAUCUCCCCACGUCCCUCCCCUGCUGACAUCCAAACCAACCCUGCCUACCUCCCAUCCCACCUCCGCCUCCUUGCUUCCCCCACGCCGGUCCUCAACCUGCAGCAGCAGCAUCUUCUGCAGCACCAGCCGCAGCAGCAGCUGCAGCAGCAGCAGCCACAGCAGCAGCCCCCUUGGGGACCCGGGCUCCCACCCCAGUGGAGACCCAGCACUCCCCCCUGGCAGCAGCAGCAGCUGAACUUUGACACAGCAGCCACAGCUGCUCAGACCUCCCCUGCUCCCCUGUGGGGUGCCCCACCUCCUCCUGGUAGUGGUAUCACUCCCCUCACCUAG